AUGUCUGGCAACAUUAAGGUCUUCUUUGAUUUGGAGUGGGAGGGUCCCGUCCUAGAGAAUGGCAGACCUACUGCCACCGUGAAGACCCAGACUGGUCGUAUCAACCUGGAGCUCUGGCAGUCCCUCGUACCCAAGACCGUCGAGAACUUCCGUGCUCUCUGCACCGGCGAGAAGGGCUUCGGCUACAAGGGCUCGUCCUUCCACCGUAUCAUCCCCGAGUUCAUGCUUCAGGGUGGUGACUUCACUCGUGGCAACGGCACUGGUGGCAAGUCCAUCUACGGCGAGAAGUUUGCCGACGAGAACCUCGAUCUCAAGCACACUCACCCGUUCACCUUGUCCAUGGCUAACGCUGGCCCCAACACCAACGGCUCUCAGUUCUUCAUCACCACUGUCAAGACAAGUUGGUUAGACGGCCGCCACGUUCCCUUCGGUAUCGUUGCGGACGAUGCUUCCAUAGCUAUAGUCAAGGCUAUCGAGGCUACUGGCUCCCAGAGCGGUGCUAUCAAGUACAGCAAGCGACCUACCAUCGUCAACUCGGGCGAGCUUGCCUAA